CACGACGUGCCGCUCGUGCCUCGCGAUCUCGUUGGAUUUACACGCACUCCACUCACUUUCCCACCCCUUCCACCCUCGUCGCCGCACUGUCACUCUCAUUUGUCACUCGGGGAGCGAUCCAACAGUGAUCCGGCAUCGAUCGAGGGGAAGAUCAUCGAUCUUUCCGACUGAUUGUUUUUUUCUUUUUUUUUUCUGACUGUGAGUUUUGCGAGGCGCCGAAUCGCGGAUUCGUCGAACAGUGCAUGUAUAUUUAUACGACAGCGACGACUGCGUGACGAUUGCAUCUGCAUUUUGGGAAUGCGACAGUGCGUUGAAAAAGUGCUCGUAUUGACUCGUUAAAAUGUGGAUCGCGCGAUCGCGAUCGCGAGUGAAGAACGACUGACACGGACGAUUUAUUCCGUACAGGACCGCUCGACGUAUCCGCUCGAUGAUACGCUCGUCCGUUCGCAAUCGAUGGAGUGGAUCGAAGUGACUGAUCGCGACGCGAUGACGGAAUGAAUGUGAGUGCGGACGCGUGCGUUUAAUCUCGGGAUCAAUUUGCGAUCCAGAUAAGCAGGGCUGCGUCCACAAGCGCUCGGGAAGCGAUCCAUCGUGAGAGUCGCAGCGUCGUUGCUUGGAACAGCUGCAACGGAGACGCGCAACGAACCGGAAGUGACUGCACCGUGUGUGUCAACGUCAUUGCGGUGAACGGCGCGUAAAAGUGCGCGUAACCUUAGAACGCUACGAGGGACAGUCUCCUCUUUCGAUCUGUUGUAUCGCGAACAAGUCUUCGUGCGAGUUCUGCGGAGAUUCGGGAGGCUCGAGGUGCAUUUUCAGCGAUUUGGAUGCAUUUCUGGAGUAGACGGUGCAGACGGUGAGCGCUGCCUCGUCCAGGAAUUUCAUACGCCGUGUCCGAAAAGUGUCGUUUCGAGACCCGUGUUUCGCGAAAGGUGCAUGUCUGAGAGAAGGACACGAAUAUUUUGCGGCCAUCAUGAGGACACUCUGGAUCGUGGUGGGCAUUCUACUCGAGAUACACUUGUACUUCACAGUGAGCCAGGCCAAGCAUCAGCAGAAUUCAAGUGCCAAUAAUGUAAUCGCCCCAUUGAAUGUCCCGGAGGGUAAAAAUGAAGAUGUUCCUGAAGGACCAAUUGGAGAGGUGCUUGCUCAAAGUGGUAGCGUGGCAGUUUUGCCGUGCAAAAUCACCGAUCCCGGAGCUGGAACCAUCACAUGGGUGAGGCGGAGGGACAGGCAGCUGUUAACAGUCGGUACCACCACGCAUUCCGUCGACAACAGAUUUGUCGUCAGGCACUCGAGCACCGAUUGGCAACUCACGAUACGCAGCGUGACGGCAGAGGAUGCCGGCAUUUACGAAUGUCAGGUGACGUCGCAUCCGGUGCAGCGAAACUUCGCCCGUUUGAAAAUCACGGAGGCGUACUCAAUAAUACCAGGCGCGCCUGAUCUGCACGUGAAGCAGGGCUCGAGCCUCCGUUUGGAAUGCCAACUUAUGGCGGCUACGGAAAAGCCUGUUUACGUCUUCUGGUAUCGUCAGGGUCGUAUGAUAAAUUACGAUGAGGAGCCUGGUGUCGACGUCAAGCUCACGCCAAGUGGCUCCAUUUUGACGGUGAAUAAAACAAAGCUUACGCACAACGGCAACUACACGUGCACGCCUAACAACGCCAAGGCAGCGUCUGUCAUAGUUCACGUGAUCGAAGAGGAGGAGAAGCCGGCGGCGAUGCACGGGGGCGACAGAAGGAACCUCAGCCCGGCAAUUUUGGCGAGCAACUUUCUGGUGUCCCUCCUGGCGGCCGUCAGCUGGAGGAUACCGAGUUUCACGAGCCUUUACCCGACGUGAAUUACCGCCGUUCCGGCGGCAUCCUGCGGGCCUGUGUCCCCUCACGACGACGCGGACCCGCGGAGGAAACGAGUUCCCAGGUCGCGUCGUCUCGCCGCUCGGCGCGGCACGACCAGCCCUACCACCUUCCUCCCAUCCUCGCCGCCUGUUCGUCCCGCCCCGAGAGAAGAAACUACACAGUGCCGGGAAUUGUGCGCGUGCUACCGCGAAGCUCGGCGAUACCUCGGUUUACCUUUGCCGUGUGUUUCUCUUGCGUAUACUAAAUAAACUCUGUUCCGUGAUGGGGUGGCCCGCAGUUGCGGUUCACGCGCGUUCAGCGCAGCCCGUAUCUGACACUAUCGCAGUGGCUCGGGGGUUGAGAGCUGGCCCAGACGAGCCCGUUUGUUUGGUGCACACCUGUGAAACCUGUGAAGCCCCCCCCUCUUCAACUACCCCUGUCACCAGCCCUAACCUACUUUCUUGGCCCGUGCUCGCGCGAGUGCCGCGUAAAUGGGAUCUGUGAAGUUUUGCGGGACAUUCUGUUAAUAUAAAAAAAAACAAUUACAGCUCCAGUAGCACUUUUCAUAGCUCUACAGUUCCCUAAAAGUAAAAAAAAGUUUUGUAAUUUUUUUUUUUUUCAUUUUUAUAAGGAAUUGUAGAACUACGAAAAGUGCUACUGGAACUGUUUUUUUUAUAUUAAUUGUUUUCUAUUAAUUUUAUAUUAAUUGUGUUUUUAUAUUAAUAGAAUGUCGUGCUAACUUCACAGAUCCGCGUAAAUGUGCUUGGCCGGACGAUUGUACUCCGUUUUGGAAUUGAGCUAACGAUUUACCGUAGAAUACGUUUUACUCUUAACACUCACGUGUAAUCUCCGCGUUUGCGUUGCGUGCAUAGUUGCAAUUCGAGCCCCUGUCCGCGCGAUAUUUCCGUGAUAAAGAGUUCAGCGUUUUAAAUAUUAAUUUUACCUUUUUUUUCCAAGUAUAGUUAAAUUAUAAAAUUUAUUUCAAUACU